UUCGAUAGGCUCCUUUUUUUUUUUUUUUUUUUUCCUGUUCCGUUUCUCUUGGGUUGUGAGGUUUAGACGUAAUUGAAAGCCCUAAGCAAAAGCAAAGCUAUUUUAGUUAUUUCCUAACAGACUUCAGAAGUUAUUCCAUGCUUUGUAUCGCAAAUAGUGUCAAGUGGUGGAUUAUUAUAAGUCAUCAUGAUAAUCCAUGAGAUAAAGGCAUCUGAUUGUUGUUAAGGUUUUCAAGUUUCUGUAGAUCGGUCAAUUUCUAACCAAAUUAGCGUUUUUUGUGUUAGAUUGAAUUUGUUUGAUGGGUUUUUGAGACAUUUUCCGGAAAUCGUCCAUUUUUUGCCUUUGUCGCUGGCUUUUUUGUUGAUCAGGGUGUUCAAAUCCCUACCUUUGUGUUUGUUGAGGAGUUAAUCGGCAAUUUUGUGGCCAAUUUUAUCUAGAUUUGUUAGGGUGAUUUGAAAUUACCUUAGAAUUUGAAGUCUUCAACGUUGACUGAAAUUUACGACUGUGUGCUGCGGAAAAAUGGAGCAUGGAAGAAACUAGAAAAGCUCCGCACAAAUCAGCGACUUCGGGUUUGAUAAGAUUAAUGCCUUACCCCAUGAAGAUUCAACCAAUCGAUUUCGACGCGCCGGAGGAGCCGCAUCCAAAAUAUGAGACAGCGGUGAAGCCAGUAUUCAAGUCAAGGUUCAUGCGGCUUUUCGAGAAGCCGUUCUCGAGAGAUAAGUCUGCCGGCGCCACCUUGCUGCCGCAUAACUGCAACAAGGACGGCGUGGAGGAGUUUGAGCCGAGCUCGGUUUGCCUAGCGAAAAUGGUUCAGAAUUUUAUCGAGGAAAGCAACGAGAAGCAGCAGAGGUGUGGAAAGAACAGGUGCAAUUGCUUCCAUGGAAAGUGUACAGGAGGCUCCGAUGAGGAACUGGACUCGUACAAUUCUUCUUUCGCCCACGCAUAUGACGUCCUCAAGAGUUUAGCACCGUGUUUGUGUGUUUCUGAAAGAAAUCUGCUAGCCGACACUGCAAAAAUCGUCGAGAGAAACAAGAUCACUAAGCGUAAAGACGGGGUUUGCAGAAAAAUUGUGGCAGAUGGUCUAGUAGCUCUUGGAUACAACGCUUCAAUCUGCAAAUCUAAAUGGGAAAAAUCCCCCUCCUUUCCCGCUGGGGAAUACGAGUAUGUCGAUGUGAUAAUUGAAGGGGAAAGAUUGAUAAUUGACAUAGAUUUCAGAUCGGAAUUUGAAAUUGCAAGGUCCACCAAGGCGUACAAACUGGUUCUCCAAACACUGCCCAAUAUAUUCAUCGGAAAAGCCGACCGUCUUGAGAAGAUAAUCGCCGUUGUAUCUGAAGCAGCCAAGCAAAGCUUGAAGAAGAAAGGCAUGCCUUUCCCUCCUUGGCGCAAACCCGAGUACGUGAAAGCCAAAUGGCUCUCCCCUUUCACCCGACUCGGCCCAUGUCAAAUCCCUUCAAGUUCACCAUGCAACAAUGAUAUAGAAACCAAGCCGACGGGUGAGAGGGAGUCGGCACUGAUACCAAUGACAAUUCUUGGAGAGAAAUGCGCGCCUCUGGAGAAAACUAACAAUGAUGAUGGUGUGUUUGUCUUUUCUAACAGUAGCAGCAGCCCACGUGAAGAUGAUGGUUUCAAGAGUGUGAAGAAAUGGGAGCCACCAGAGGUCAAGCCCAAGAGUGUGAACAAAGGAGUGAAGAUUGUGACUGGUUUGGCUUCUGUAAUUGAACCUAAACCAUAACAAAUUUUGGAUUUGUUUUUUUCUUUUCUAGUUAUAACAGAUUUGAGUACCUUAAAUCUUACAUGCCGAGGUACCAUCUCUGGUCUCUUUGUAAUUCCCUUCGGUUUUUUAUGUAAGGGUGUUGAAAACUAGUAGCAAUUAGUGCUAAUAUCAUCAAUAAAGAUUGGAAAAGAACAGCAGCACAGCAGCAGCAGCUUGUAAGCCCCUUGUUUAUUGUUAUGCCCUUCCUGGCUCAUUGCUUCACAGUACUUUCCCUUGUUUCAAUCGAAAUGAACUUUGUUUGCAUGUU